CGGAUUUCAGGACAAUGCUCCGCAGGCUUGGCGAACGGGAAGGACUUUCUGCUGCUUCAGCCUCUCGCCGUUUUUCCCACUCCACAUGAUUCUUCAGCCCUCUUGCCCCGUAUCUCUCUCACAUGCAGCGGAAUACUGUCUACUGUAUUCUUGUCACUAAUAGAUAUUCCCGGAAUCACUCCUGACUCGCUCGACUUUGCCUAUAGCCGUCCGGAACGUCCCUCUUCGCGCGACUUGGCCCAGUCCAGAUGGACGCAUACGGUGGAAAUGACGAAGAGAGCGCUGAGUUGCGGAAGCUCUUGGCCGAGGUGAACGAUGACUCGGACAACUUCGAGAUCUGGGAGAAGCUCGUCCGCGCGGCGGAGGCCCUCGAAGGCGGAAUCAACAGGAACUCGAGUUCGCAGGCAAUCACGGCCGUCCGGAACGUCUACGACCGCUUUCUGUUGAAGUUCCCUCUUUUCUUUGGCUACUGGAAAAAGUAUGCCGACCUGGAGUUUUCGAUAGCGGGAACCGAGGCCGCCGACAUGGUCUACGAACGCGGGAUUGCCAGCAUCACCAACUCGGUGGAUCUGUGGACAAACUACUGCUCAUUCAAGACCGAGACAAGUCACGACUCCGAUGGCAUUCGAGAGUAAGUAUGAAAUACAUGUUCCCUCUUGUCGAGAACCUAAACAUAGCAUGACACAACAUCAUCGGCAGAAGGAGCUGGCGAUGAAAUCGAUGAUGAUGGCCACCGCAGCUUUGGUGAGCUCAUCGUCGCUGUCCCUCCCCUUCCGAGCUUGCUUCUCACUCAUCACCAGUCAGGUGCUUUGAUUUGAUUUGCCCGAGAAUUGGGCCUUUGCCCGUCCACCCUUUCUGCAGGACCAUUUCAACUUGUUACAAGAGCAAUUGAAGGACUAUUAUCACGCGUACAUUCCCCAUCCUCCCAUAUCUGCUUUCUUCUUCCUCUUCUCUGGACCCCUUCGCGAAGGUGCCCCACAACAAAGCUAACCAGUUGAUGAUCAGGCUCUUUGAGAGAGGAGCAGUUUGUGUCGGCCUCGAUUUCCUCGCCCAUCCCUUCUGGGAUAAGUACAUUGAGUUCGAAGAGCGCAUGGAAGGAUUCGACCGGAUCUUCACCAUCCUCGGCAGAAUCAUCCACAUACCCAUGCAUCAAUAUGCGAGAUACUUCGAGAAGUACCGGCAGAUGGCACAAUCGCGCCCACUUUCUGCCAUCGCCCCGCCCGGCACGCUCACUCAGCUGCAGAUGGACAUCGAGAACGAAGGUGCCGGUUACAAAGCCGGCCGAAGCCAGGCAGAAGUGGAGCGAGAUUUACGGGCCCGGAUCGACAAUUAUCACCUGGAGAUCUUCAGGCGAACACAGACCGAAACUACGAAACGAUGGACCUACGAAUCCGAGAUCAAGCGACCAUACUUCCACGUGACCGACCUUGACGAAGCACAAGUGGCCAAUUGGCGCAAAUAUCUCGACUUUGAAGAGUCAGAAGGUGACUACACUCGCACUCAGUUCUUAUAUGAACGCUGCUUGGUUACUUGUGCCCAGCAUGAUGAAUUCUGGUUAAGAUACGCCCGGUGGAUGCUGGCCCAGCAGGGCAAGGAAGAGGAAGUUCGAAACAUCUAUCAAAGGGCAUCUUGUUUCUAUGUCCCGAUUGCUUUACCAACUACCAGACUUCAGUACGCAUAUUUCGAAGAAAUGAGCGGUCGGGUCGAUGUGGCAAAGGACAUACACGAUGCCAUCCUCUUCCAGCUGCCCGGGCAUGUCGAGACAAUCGUCUCCUUGGCGAAUAUCAAUCGUCGCCAUUCGGGCUUGGAGGCCGCUGUCGCCGUGUACCAAAGUCAUCUCGAGUCUCCGAGCGUUGACUCUGCGGCCAAAGCUGCUCUGGUGGCAGAAUGGGCGAAGCUCCUUUGGAAGGUUAAGGGCUCUCCGGAAGAAGCUCGCCAAGUUUUCCAGAAGAACCAACAUUGGUACCUCGAGAGCGCUGCUUUCUGGACCAGCUACCUGCGGUUCGAAAUUGAUCAACCCACAAGUAGUGAGACGGAACAACAGCACUACGAGCAGAUUCGGCGCGUCGUGGAGGAGAUCCUUAGCAAGAGCGUUCUACCAGAACCUACCGUCCAAGAGCUCAUCACCACGUACAUGAGGUACCUGCUUGAGAGGGGUACCAAGGAUGCAGCCAAAGAAUACAUGAAUCUCGACCGCGAGAUCAAUGGACCAACCUCGGUCCAGAAGCUACCCAAGGCGAACCCCGAGCCGAGCAAGACACUUGGGGUUGUUAAUGGACAGCAGCCACUACCGAUCCGAUACCCCUGAAUAUUCCACGGCGGGCGAGUUCCACGCUGCGACAGUCUGGCUACGAAGAAACGGCUCACUGAAUCUCCCAUCAACACGGUUACCAGAGGCGGGCAAAAUGGAAAGUGCAUGGCCAUUCCGAAUGUCUUUUUGCUCGGCUCGGCGGAGGGUUACUGCAUUGGAACGGCUGAAUUGAUAUCCCCUUGAUUGUGAGGAGAGAUCUCCCUGUACACAGAUUCAAUGUUGAUAUUUCCACUGAAUGCAGCCUGUCAUCCUCCCCUUGACUUCGCUCCCCUCGUUAUCACGGUCACUCCAUGGUGACCACUUUAUCGUCAUUUCGCA